UGUCCAUCCAGUCCAGUACCUCGACCAGGUACGAUUCUGGUACGCGAUCACUUACAUACAAAUACACCUUCGUGUUUCUUACAAUUACUACUGACUUUCAAUAGAAUGGUAAUAAAUACUACUGUAAUACAUGUACUUAUGUAUUUCGUAUAUAAAAUUAUGCAGUAACUGUAACUGUAUUGUCUCCGGUUGGGUACAUAAUUUUGUGCGUUUUCUGUAUUUUAUGGUGUGAAAAUUCAAAGUUAAUUAGCUCCUGUUUUGCAAGGGUUGUGGAAAGUGAAAUAUUGCUUUUGUGAAAGGAAUUUUGCCUGAAGGAUAUUAUGGUUUGAAUAUAAUCCGUGGAUGAUAAACGGGGUGACCGCACACCAAACAGGAUGGCAUCGUCGGACAAAGAAAGUUUUGAAAUGGAAGAUAACCUUAUAGACCUCAACGUGACAUCUCCUCAGUUUCCUAGAUGUACAAAAUUCUACGCAGUUAGCAGUCAAGACUCCGACAAUCUGAUGGACACGGACCUUCCGGUGUUAGAGCAUAAACUACAGAAAACAUUAGAACCACCUUCAGGUAGUCCCACAGGAGAAAUUGUUAACGUCGAAGAUAUUUUAAUUUCAUUGGAAGGAUCCGACAACAGUUCUUGUGCCGCCAGUAAGGAUAAGCAAGGGUUGGAAAAGGACAGGGGAGAUAUUCUUAUGGAAAUUUUAACAGCAACAGAUGAAGAAACGUCGCCGAUAUCACCGGUCAGUUGCGAGGCCUUGAAUAUUCUCUCAAAAUUGGACGAAAUAUUAAACGAAUCGUUAAGAUCAAGCGAAGAACUUCUACAACAGCAUGACGAUCCCGACGUUAUUGAAACAGAGGGAAAUUGUGAAAUUGAACACCCAGAAGCAUCUUCUUCAAUCCAACAAAAUCUCAUUUCCAAUCAACAAAACGAAGUGUUAGAAAAACGACGUAGCAGGAGCAGUAGUACCAGUAGUAAUAGUAAUAACAUCAAAUCCAUUUCGAACCCCCUAACAGAAUUGGAUGCUACGUUAGGAACUUAUAGUACAGAUGAAGUUAGGACUUGCAACGACAACGAAACAGAGCUAGAGGACGAGAGAAGAAGCAGAACUGCUGACGAUGUAAGUCUUAGUUUAAGCUACGAAGAUGUCGAAACUUUGUCGUUAAAGACAGAGUCGAACAGUGAAGAAACUGAGACCAUGGCAACGGGAGAAAGCUGCAAUGGAGACUUAGAAGCGGAACCCCAUGAGGAAGAGCCCCGUUUGAGAAACUAUUGCACCGGUGGUGAUUCCCCAAUAUUAAAAAGUGAAAUUGUUCCUCAAUCAGUGUCAGAGUGUAAACGAACAGUUGAGGGCGAUAACGGUGUUAAUUUGAAGCGUGCGGUGUCAAAUUCCGGGGGUGAUCGCGGCGGUAAUUUCAAACGUAACAAUCGGUGGAGGGCCACGAUGGGCUCGACGAACGAUGUGAAACCGAUAAUUCACAACGCAAGCGGGGAACUCCUUGCACCAUGUGAACGGAUAUCCGUUCCAGGUGUGGAAUCGGACGAGGAAAUAGAUUGGAGCUGGGUUCACGAUGUUGAAAUCGAGCGUAGGGCCCAUGCGACCGGAGAUUAUGGCACCGGUAGUGUAAUUGUCGAACCGGUUCAAAGAGAAGCUGCACCAGAACCUUCUUCCAAUGACCGCGAAAGGAACGAAGACGAUAGGGAAGUGGUGACCGAAGAAAAUUGUAACGAAGAAGCACGACAGCGACAAGAAAGUGGAUGGCAAAGGUCAUCCAUGAGGAGGAUACAACAUUUGAGGCUGCCCAGUGAUUUAACAAGGAUCGACAUUCCAGAGACGCCGGAAGUUGCGUCAGCACCACCGGCGGAAACGGAACAAUUCCAACUGAACAAUUUACAAAACUUACAGGGGUCAAUCGAAAAUACUCACAGUACUAGACCGGUUAGUGCACCAUCGCGUUUAGGCACGCAUUCGAGCGUUGCCACGCAGUCUUCAGUGCGUGAAACGCGUUCGCGAUCGCGUGAUUCACGCAGUCGAUCGAAUGUGCCCGAAACUGUUUACCGGAAUCGUGCAAGAAGUAGUUCGGCUUCUUCGAGAUCGAGGAGGUUGAGAAGUUUGUCAUCUAGCGAAUCGAGUCUCGCGUCCAGCAUUGAAAGUGCUCCUACUGCAGAGACGCAGCAAGGGCAACCGAUAGGAGUUAGGAGUUGGAUAGCUGCAAGUCAAGAAGUCUUUCUGACUUGGGGACUUCUGGGAGCCAGCGCAAUGCAGAUAGCUUCCCAUAACAAAAAUAAACAUCUCCUUCAACGAGAUUCUAGUCUUAUAGCAAUGAUAACGUUUACUAUUCUACUUCUAGCUGCCUUCUUAGCGAACACCUGUGUUCAGCUUCUACAUUCUUUCGGUUACCGAUAUCUUCCAGACUCUUUUGAAAAAAUUAGCUCCUACGGAUUCUUAAGGGCAACCAAAGACCCAUUGCCAGCAAAUUUGGCAAACACACCAGUACGCUAUAUGUUUCAUCAGUCUUUUAUUGUGGGAGAAAGAGUUACAAGACCUGGUACCGAUCAUACUUCCGAAAGUGGAUACCAAGCAUUAAGAUUUGCCACGGAAUUAUUACCAACGACGUUUGCAAUCAUUGGUCCAAAUCAGCUGUCUCCAUUUUGGGCUGUGUUGUUUUAUUUCACGAUGAUAUUCUUUGGAAUAACACAGCAAUUGGCUAUUUGGCACUGUGUCAUAACUGGGAUCAUGGCGAUCAAAACCAAAAUCUUGAGAUCCUGGGAAACAACCAUUACGUUUUUUAGUUGCGCUUGUGGAUUUGUUUUGGGACUUCCCAUGGCAACAGAGCUCGGAAUUUACGUCAUCUACUUCUUGGACUUCACUGUUGGAGGUCAAUGGUGGAUGAUGUUGAUCAUACUCAUUCAGAUUUUGGCAGUUUUUAUGGUGAGAGGACGACCGUACAGUGGAGACGCUCUUGUAAACGCUCUCUUUACAAAUCCAUCGAGACCAUGUGUACUUUCGUGGGCACCAGCACUUCUUUCGUUUACUUGGAACGUAAUUUUGCCUGUGGCGUUAAUGGUUUGGUGCAUAAUCUUUUUCAAAAACGGCAACUUUCGGGAAUUGUUCAUUUGGCAUCACGUCGCGAGUUUGGAAUAUUGGCCACUGUGGGCCCGCCAAUUGGGAUCCAUGCUGCAACUCCUCCACGUUCUGUGCGUCCCAUUGGUUGCGGUAAUACAAAGUUACAGAUACUUGAACAAAGGACCGGAUGACAUAUUAGACAGGGUGCAACUUCUUUAUCGACCACCGAUAGGAGAACACAUGGAGAACUUCACAGUCCAAGAAAAUCCAAGCGUCACACUCACGAGUGCGGCUCCUCCGAAUCAGAUUUCGACUACGAUAACCGAAGAUCCACCACCUAAAUACACUCCGCCGCCUUCUUAUACGACUGCUACCGGUGCCAGAAUUGCUAAAUUCUUUAGACAAAGCAUUAGAAGAAGUAUUAGAAGGAUAGCAAACGUUAUGGGUGAAAGUAGCAGAUCUGCCAACCGACAAAUUGAACGUAACACCACGACCCUACCACCUCCUGACUAUAAUGCAGUCCUGGACGAGAUAAACCAUUCCAGGACUUCGGCAACGAUUUCAGUAAAUGUAAUCGACCUCCCUGAAAACGAAAACCAAAGAAAUGGGACAACGAGAAGCGAAACGGGAGUGGUGAACCUUCAACCUGGCGUUGCUCUUUCAGCAGCUGAUGUUGCAUGUAUUCUUCGGAACAGUUUUAGAAGAAGUGCCAGGAGGGCGAUGAACAUAUUCAGAAGGGAUCCUAGCGAAACUAGGGAGUCCAUAAGUGCGGAAAAUUUAGUGGAGUCGGUUGCUCCAAUCGGACAAACUUCUGUGAACCUGGAGAGCUUCUCCAACGACGGCCAUGAGGUGAAACCUGCCUUUCAGAAUCCUUCCACUGUGAUAUAGUUUUAUAAGUCUUUAUGUGCAUGUAAUUAAUAAUUUAACGUUUCGAUGAUGGGAUGUCCGAUAUGUGUGCAUGACCUUUUUUACGUUGACUUGUGAGAUUGAUUAAUCGUACGGACUAAUUAAUACUUAUUAAUAACACUAUUUAUUUACGAAAUUACUCUUUGUUUUAAGGUACAAUAAUAACCGAGUCAAGAACUGAUUACUAUAUCAAAUAUGUGUUUGAAAAUAA